UUCAUGGAGCCGCGGAGAAGGUAAAAGGUCACACUGUGUAACGUGUCUCCAGGCUGUCGCCACACCGGUCUAUCUGCCCGGUGUCCCUGACUCACGGUACAUCCAUCUCAACAGUUCUUUGGACAAUGGCCAAAAAGCGGAGAGAAACGCCAGAAACGGACAGCUCGUCACCGGAAACGGCGGACGAGAAGUCCGACGACCGACAGCUUCUAAAAGAGAUGAAAUGGAAAAAAUGAAGAUCCCUAAAGACAUGGAUGAUGCCAAAGCUUUGGGGACGGUGUUGUCCAAAUACAAAGACACCUACUAUACCCAGGUGUUAGUGGCCUACUUUGCAACUUAUAUUUUUCUCCAGACGUUUGCUAUUCCUGGAUCGAUCUUCCUCAGCAUCCUGUCUGGUUAUCUUUACCCUUUCCCUUUGGCUCUUUUUCUAGUUUGCUUGUGCUCUGGCCUCGGCGCUUCCUUCUGCUACAUGUUGUCGUAUCUGGUGGGCAGACCUGUGGUCUACAAGUACCUGACAGAAAGAGCGCAGAAAUGGUCCCAGCAGGUUGACAAACACAGGGACCAUUUAAUCAAUUACAUCAUCUUCCUGAGAAUAACCCCCUUUCUUCCCAACUGGUUCAUCAACAUCACUUCCCCCGUCAUCAAUGUGCCUUUGGGGGUUUUCUUUGUUGGCACCUUUCUCGGAGUGGCGCCCCCAUCCUUUGUAGCCAUCAACGCCGGCACGACUCUGUACAAGUUGACCACAGCUGGCGAGGCCGUGUCCUGGAACUCCCUGGCUGUGCUCGGCGUGCUCGCCGUGCUCUCCAUCUUGCCGGUCUGCUUCCAGAAAAAACUGCGGCAGAAACUUGAGUAGGACUUUAAGACAUCUCAGCGCCGCAUCCCUCGAGCGUUUGCAGCCGUUUCUUCCUCAGCUCAGGAACAUGCAGCGGU